UCAUGCUGCUGCCAGGUCCAGAGUCUCUCAUGGGUCCCUGUACGGCCUCCCAUUGCUGCUGUCUCCAUCGCCACACUCUGCCAUGUGCCACUUUCAGGUCUCCUCACACACUGCUGGUGUGUUCCAUUUUUUGUCAUAGGGUGCUGGCAGAUUACGGGCCUCCCAUAGCUGCUGCCAGGCCCCUAAUCUGCCAUGGGCCCCUGUACCGCCUCCUCAUGCUGCUGCCAGGUCCAGAGUGUGUCAUGGGUCCCUGUACGGCCUCCCAUUGCUGCUGUCUCCAUCGCCACACUCUGCCAUGUGCCACUUUCAGGUCUCCUCACACACUGCUGGUGUGUUACAUUUUUUGU